AAUCCUCCUGGAUAUCCUUCUAUAUAUUGCUUUCAAAAGGGUAUCCCCAUUUCAUGGCAUGACCCUUGAGGCCUUUCUUGCAUUUAUGCAUAUAAAGAGAGUAGAAUGGUGAUUGAAGAAUCGGGUAUCUGAGGGAAAAAGAAAGAAGAAAAACGAGAGAAGUGCUGUUUUUCUCUCUGUUUUCUUGUUUUAGUCCUUGAAUUCAUCACUAGGAAGAGUGAGCACUCUAAGCAAAAAUCAGAUAUGGGUAAAGGAAGAGCUCCAUGUUGUGAUAAGAACCAAGUGAAGAGAGGUCCAUGGAGUCCUGCAGAGGACUUGAGGCUUAUCAGUUUUAUUCAGAAACAUGGACAUGAGAACUGGAGGGCUCUCCCUAAACAAGCUGGUCGGUCUCUUUUGCUCUUCUUCUCCCUCUCUCUCUCUCUCUCUCUCUCUCUCCGAGGGAACUUCACCAGAGAGGAAGAGGAUACUAUUAUAAGGUUGCAUGAGGGUUUGGGAAACAAGUGGUCCAAAAUUGCAUCACAUUUACCAGGAAGGACAGACAAUGAAAUAAAGAACGUGUGGAACACUCAUUUAAAAAGGAGAUUGGCUUCAAAGAAUGGGAAUAUUCAGCAGACAGAUGAAUCCAAGGAGUCCUCCAUGACCUCAUCAUCAUCAUGCUCCUCUAUUACGUUUGUGUCAUCAUCAAGUGGCAAGAGAAAUUUAGAGAUUGACAUUGAGCAUCAAUGGGAUGAAGGAUCUGUGAACAAAAAGCCCAGAGAGGCAUUUGCUAUGUCAGUAUCAGACACAGCACAAGACUUCAAAACAGAGCCGUCAAACCACAGCAGCCCAUCCGAGGAGCCAAAAGAAUUGUCAAGUUCUUCAAUCUCGUCCAACAACUCCAACAUCACCAAUUCCAGUCAGAUUGAUGUUUCAAAUCCAGAAAAUCAAGCAGGUUCCCUGUUCUACUGCGUAGGACUUUUUGAUGCCAAUAACGCAUCAGAGGAAGUGAAUAAGCCAGAGAUCUUGGAUACCGCCUUCGAUAUCCCAUUGGAGUCUGAUUUGGAUUUUUGGGAUAUGCUGGAUAACUUAGGGUCAUUCCAGUCUGAUGGGAUUCAUUUACAUGAGAUGGAGGGCAAUCAGAGCUCCAACUUUGGAGAAGGAUACAUCAAAGAAGCUGUAAACAAGAAGUGGUUGCAUGACUUGGAAAAUGAACUUGGGCUGGAAGUAACCGGGGAUGAAAACCAGAACGAUUUGUCAAAUAAUGCUGCCGAGCCACUAGUCCCUGAGAUGUAUGACAUGUUGCUGAAGCCAGAAGCUGAUAUGGGCAUGGGUCACCAUCACACCUGGCCCUCUUCACAACACAGCCCUGCAAUCUGAAUCAAAUUCAAUCCAGCAGUUCGUGGGGCUCUUCUAGUGAUGUUGACUAUUUAGUAGGUUUUCCAAACUUAGUUCAGUUAAUUAGGCCUUUUAGAAGAAUGGUGGAUAAUAUAAAAUAUUCAUCUCAUCUUUAUUUAAUCAUUUCAUUGUAGAUUGAACCACACCAUAGAUUUUCUCCAAGCAAAUGACCAUACAACAUCUGUAACUGGGCAGGUGACGCUAUCCAGUUGCUCUCUGAUUCAUGUCAGUUUAGCUUCUACAAAUACUGUGCCUGUGCCCCUUUGUGCAUAGUGGUUUUUUUUUUUUUAUGUUAAUCAAAUAUACUAUAAUCUUCUCAAACUUUUAACAAAAGUCAGUUCAUGCUCUUAUUUGUUAUACUUACAUUUUAUUGCCAUGGUGAC